AUGCCCGAACCUGACAGCGUUGCCGCCCAAGGCGGCGGCAGCAACUCCAGCGAUUUUACCGACAAAUUCACCAACGACAUCUUGCCGAAACAUUUCAAGCACAGCAACUUCUCUAGCUUUGUCCGACAGCUGAACAAGUACGACUUCCAUAAGCUGCGGCGCAACGAUGAGAACAACGAGUCGCCAUACGGCAAGCAGGCCUGGGAAUUCAAACACUCGGCCUUCCGGGCUGACAGGAAAGAUAACCUGGACAAUAUCAGACGAAAGGCUCCCGCACAAAGAAAGACGCAGCAGACGGAAGACCAGUUCACAACUAACCAAUCCAUCAACUUGCUCCAGGAGACCCUGUUCGCGCAACAGCAGCAAGUGCAGGCGCUGCAAGAACAGGUCAUUGAUAUACAACGCACCAAUAAGACCCUUCUCGCUGAUGUCACCGCCAUGCACAAAAUAAUUGAUGCUCAGAGGCAGGCGCAACACGAGCUGCUCAACUACAUGGGGCAUGCUGACGACAGGAUGAGAGGCGCCCGUUACCAAAACCCGCAUAUGAAUGGCGGCGGUGUCGACGAGCAUGCCCCUGAGUUGCGACGAGCAAGGGAACUUCUCUCCAGUGUGCAGACGAACCCUGCAAUAAACCAAGAGCUUGAAAGACUCAACGGCAUGUACGCGCAGAGCUCUCCGCCAGACUCCGCCUCUGGCCUCAUGUUCCAGGCUGGCUCUGCCGGCAUGCCGCCCAUGAUGGCCGCUGAGCACCUGAACAUGCGUCAUCUUGUCUAUCCUGUGGGCGAGAAUGUAGGCAUCGAUCCGCUGUCCCAAGACCACUUCAACAAUAUCCCUUACACUCUGAACUCCUUGCCAAUGAAUGAGUUCCAGAACCCGGUUGUCAAGCCUGAGCCCGGCCCGGCCACACCAGCUCCAGCCGCCGUCGCACCCCCGCGCCCGCCUUCGAACGACAAGGGACUUUGGGGACGCAAGAAGCCGAGGGUGUACCUCGUCGAAGACGACCGGACGUGUUCGAGAAUCGGUUCCAAGUUUUUGACGCAGAUGGAGUGUAUCGUCGAGAUUGCUGAAAACGGCAUCGACGCCGUCAACAAGUGUAAGGAGGUGCCAUCCGGGCAUUACGACCUCAUCUUCAUGGAUAUCGUCAUGCCUCAGAUGGACGGCGUGUCUGCGACACAGCUGAUCCGUGAGGUGCACCCUGAUGUUCCUGUCGUCGCCAUGACCUCCAAUAUUCGCCCUGAAGACAUUAGCCACUACUUCAACUGGAGCCUGAAUGAUGUUCUGGCGAAACCCUUCACCAAAGAUGGCAUGUUGCGAAUCCUCCGCAAGCAUGUGGCACACCUUCUCAAGGAUGCGCCUCAGGACGAUCUUGCUGUUGGGCAUGGGGCUGCUCAGCUGCACGCCGCCAACAUGAGCGUGCCUGCAAUGAACCCCGGUGUUAAGUUCGACUCGACUCCUAGUCAAUCGCCAGCGACAACUACUUCCUGGCACUCGCCUGGUCAGAUUCACCAGCCAUCACCCAACGUCACCAAUAUUGAGACUGGUUACCCACUAGGCAACACUGCGCAAAUGGUGAUAACUCCAACAUCUGCGCAACGCCCAAACUUCCAAAACAUGCCUCCAGGCAUGCAGCAAAUGCGAGUACCAGACCAUAUGGAUGAUCGCCCGGAAAAGAGGCAAAGGCUGUACGGUCCACAGGGUGGAUACGCCUAA